CGAGAGCUGAAGGUGAGAACGAACAUGGCGGCUCGCAGUAUGUUCAGGUCUGUUUGGACCUCGUUUGCGGGCUUAAAGCUUUGCUCCACAGGUGUCAACUCAAAUCCACUAUUAAGGGUUAAUGUUCUCCAACUACCCGCUUCAACUAUCCAGAGCAGAGGGGUUCGCGAAGUGGUGGAGACGAAAGAAGGCAAUACAACAACGAUUGAGGGUAAAGUCAUAGACAUGCCUGCUGCACCCGAGCCUCCAAACCCUGCCGCCAAAUGUCCAAUCUACAGGUGGAACUUGCAGCACAAAUACAACUACACUGAUGUUUUGCUGCUCAGUCAGUUCAUCAGGUCAGAUGGGGGGAUGCUGCCCAAACGAGUCACUGGCCUUUGUCCUGAAGAGCAUCGCAAGAUUGCCAUCUGUGUACAGAUGGCUCAUAGAGCAGGUCUGCUUCCUGACCACAGACCCAAACUUCCAGAGGGUCACGUCCCGAAGAAAUCCAAACCCAAACUGAACAGGUAUUUGACUCGCUGGGCCCCUAAGUCUGUAAAACCCAUCUAUAAAAAAGGAUUGAAGUGGUGUAAGAAGCGCAUGGUUGUAGGCCACCCAGCAUUGAAGAACAAUGUGUGGUAUGGUCCAAAACCGAUGCUGAUGAAUCAGUGAAGGAUAGAAAAAAAAUCAGCACUGCUGAAGGAAGAAGAGGUUUUAUCAGCAUCAUACCUAGAAUUAUUGGCAUACAAGAAAACAGACCAACUGUAUUUGUUCAAACUUUUUAUUAAUCUGCAUCAGUCUUUAAUAAAAUAUAACCAGCCACACCCACAA